UAGAGACGGAAUUCGAAAACGAAAAACGCCAAACGCUAAACACCAAACAAUCUUAUGUUUUAUAUAAAAACUGAUAGUAGAGAAAGAAAAUUUAUGCUUUUGCUUGUAAACCGAAACUAUUGUGCUAAAGUAUUUGUUAAAGCGUCAGUGCGAAUUAUUGGUUUUCAUAAAGAAGUUCUUUACUUAAAAACAUAAAAAUGCAGAACGGAAGCAGUAAUGGCAUUGGCACCAGCAGUGGCUCCAGCAGUAUGUCUAUUGAACAAAUGUAUCAAAAGAAGUCGCAGUUAGAGCAUAUUCUACUCCGUCCUGAUACGUAUAUCGGUUCCGUUGAGCACACUAAAGAAUUGAUGUGGGUAUAUAAUGAAGAAAAUAAUCGUAUGACUCAGCGCGAAAUUAGUUAUGUACCCGGUUUAUAUAAAAUUUUUGAUGAAAUUUUGGUCAACGCUGCUGAUAAUAAACAGCGUGACAAAAGUAUGAAUACUAUUAAAAUUGAUAUUGAUCCGGAGAAGAAUAUUAUUUCUAUAUGGAAUAAUGGACAAGGCAUACCCGUUACUAUGCAUAAGGAACAGAAAAUGUAUGUGCCCACUAUGAUAUUCGGCCAUUUGUUAACUUCAUCUAAUUAUAAUGAUGAAGAAAAAAAGGUUACUGGUGGUCGUAAUGGUUACGGUGCCAAAUUGUGUAAUAUAUUUUCAAACACAUUCACUGUUGAAACUGCCACAAAGGAAUAUAAACGCAGUUUCAAGCAAAGCUGGGCGAACAAUAUGACUAAGAGCACCGAUCCGAAGAUAAAAGAUUUUGCUGGUACCGAUUUCACAAAGAUUACGUUUAGUCCAGAUUUGACCAAAUUUAAAAUGAAUCGGUUAGAUGAGGAUAUUGUUCAACUAAUGUCUCGUCGUGCUUUUGAUGUAGCCGCCUCAUCGAAAGGUGUUGCCGUUUAUUUGAACGGUAAAAGGUUAUCAGUUAAAUCGUUUAAGGAUUACAUUGAUUUGUACACUAAGAAUAAUGACGAUUCGUCGCAACCUAUUAAAAUAGUAUAUGAACAGUGUAGUGAACGUUGGGAAGUUGCGUGCUGUCACUCAGACCGUGGUUUUCAACAAAUGUCCUUUGUUAAUUCAAUAGCAACGACUAAAGGUGGUCGACACGUAGAUCACGUGGUAGAUAACAUUAUAAAACAAUUGUUAGAAGUUUUAAAAAAGAAGAACAAAGGUGGUAUUAGUAUUAAGCCAUUCCAAGUACGAAAUCAUUUGUGGGUUUUUGUGAACUGUUUAAUCGAAAAUCCAACUUUUGAUUCUCAAACAAAGGAGAAUAUGACUCUACAAGCAAAAAGUUUUGGUUCAAAAUGUACAUUAUCCGAGAAGUUUAUUGGAAAUAUUGCAAAGUCUGGCAUAGUAGAAGCGGUUUUGACAUGGGCUAAGUUCAAAGAACAGAAUGAUAUCGCUAAAACGGGUGGCAAAAAAUCAUACAAAAUCAAGGGUAUACCAAAGCUCGAAGACGCUAACGAGGCUGGCAAAUCUAAUUCGUUGUUGUGCACACUGAUUCUCACUGAGGGAGACUCAGCCAAGUCUUUGGCUGUAUCGGGGCUUGGCGUUGUGGGUCGCGACUAUUACGGUGUGUUUCCAUUACGUGGUAAACUGCUUAAUGUUCGCGAAGCGUCCUUUAAACAAUUGGCUGAGAACGCUGAAAUUAAUAACUUGGUUAAAAUUAUUGGUCUCCAGUAUAAAAAGAAAUAUUUGGUUAUGGAUGAUUUAAAGACCUUACGUUAUGGGAAAGUAAUGAUAAUGACUGAUCAAGAUCAGGACGGAUCGCAUAUUAAGGGUCUGUUAAUAAAUUUCAUUCACACAAAUUGGCCAGAAUUGUUACGUUUACCAUUUCUGGAAGAGUUUAUUACACCAAUCGUGAAGGCGACUAAGAAGAAUGAAAUACUUUCAUUUUAUUCGCUACCUGAAUUUGAGGAAUGGAAAAAUGAUACACCUAACCAUUUAACAUACACUGUAAAGUACUACAAAGGUUUGGGUACAUCUACUUCAAAGGAAGCAAAAGAAUAUUUUCAGGAUAUGGACCGACAUAGGAUUUUAUUUAAAUAUAGUGGCCAGGUGGAUGAUGAUAGUAUUGUUAUGGCAUUUUCAAAAAAACAUAUUGAUUCACGAAAAACUUGGCUCACAACUCAUAUGGAUGAAGUUAAACGUCGUAAAAAUCUUGGAUUGCCAGAGCGUUACUUGUACACCAAAGGAACAAAAUAUAUAUCGUUCUCUGAUUUUGUUAAUUUGGAACUUGUUUUGUUUUCAAAUGCCGACAACGUACGUUCCAUACCUUCUAUGGUAGAUGGUUUUAAGCCUGGUCAGAGGAAAGUUAUGUUUACAUGUUUUAAACGUAACGAUAAGAAGGAAGUUAAAGUAGCACAAUUAUCUGGUUCCGUAGCUGAAAUGUCAGCAUAUCACCAUGGUGAAGUAUCAUUACAAAUGACAAUUGUAAAUUUGGCUCAAAACUUUGUUGGAUCCAACAAUAUUAAUUUGCUUGAACCUCGUGGUCAAUUUGGUACACGUUUGCAAGGCGGCAAGGACUGCGCUAGCGCUCGUUACAUCUUCACUCUUAUGUCGCCACUUGCUAGACUUAUUUUUCACCCUGCAGAUGAUCCUUUGCUGUCAUAUGAAGUUGAUGAUGGACAAAAAAUUGAACCCCAAUGGUAUAUCCCUAUCAUUCCGAUGGUUUUAGUAAAUGGUGCCGAAGGUAUUGGCACAGGGUGGUCAACCAAAAUUCUUAAUCAUAAUCCACGAGAAAUUAUAGCUAAUCUUCGUCGAAUGCUGGACAAUCAAGAACCAAAGGAAAUGCAUCCUUGGUAUAAAAAUUUCCGUGGAGAUAUACAUUACGUGUCCGAUGGUCGUUAUAUUUGUUCAGGCUGCAUUCAAGUUGUUAAUAAUAAUAAGAUUGAAAUAACAGAAUUGCCAAUUAGUACAUGGACGCAAACAUAUAAAGAAAAUGUUCUGGACCCUCUCACAAAUGGCAGUGAAAAAGUUAAACCUAUUAUAUCAGAUUAUCGUGAAUAUCAUACUGAUACGACAGUGCGCUUUGUGAUUUCAUUUGCACCGGGAGAAUUCGAUCGUUUAAUGGCUGAAGAUGGUGGAUUUUUCCGCGUUCUUAAAUUAACGUCAUCACUUUCUAUCAAUCAGAUGCAUUGUUUUGAUGAUCUUAGCUGCUUACGUAGAUUUCCAUCAACUGUUGAUAUACUUAAAGAGUAUUAUCAAUUACGGUUGUUUUAUUACGGUAAACGUAAGGAAUACUUAGUUGGGCAAUUAACUGCACAAGCUGAACGAUUAACUGACCAAGCUCGCUUUAUUCUUGAAAAGUGUGAGCGCACACUUGUUAUUGAAAAUAAAAAACGUAAAGUAAUGAUUGAUGAAUUGAUAAAGCGUGGUUAUCGCCCCGAUCCCGUUAAAGAGUGGCAGAAGCGUAUAAAAAUGGAGGAAGAAGAAGUUCAAGACGACGAUGAUGAGGAAGAAGAUGUGGAAAGCAGCAGCGCUGUUGUUAAAAAGGAGAAAAAGACAGUUGAUCCAGAAAAGGCUUUCCAGAAAUUAACUGAUGUAAAGAAAUUUGAUUAUUUACUUGGGAUGUCAAUGUGGAUGUUGACUGAAGAGCGUAAAAACGAAUUGUUGCGUCAGAGAGAUCAAAAGUUAGCUGAUCUGGCAGAUUUGAAAGCAAAAACUCCAGAGCUAUUGUGGUUAAAUGAUUUAGAUGAAUUAGAAAAGAAACUAAAUGAAGUGGAAGAACUUGAACGUCUGGAGGAACAAGGACUUAACAAGAAAACUGCUAAAGCUUUAGCAGCGAAAGCGAAAGCUGGCGCAGCUCUUAAAAAGCGUACAGCUAAAGGCGGCGAAAACGCUUUCAUACAUCCGGAUCCGAAUGGACAAAAGGUGGAAUUUAAGGUUACUGAAGAAAUUAUAAAGAAAGUAACGGCUGCUAUUGCUGUUGCUUCGAAAAUUAAAAAGGAGCCUGGUGAGAAAAAAACUAAAACAAAGGUAAAAGAGGAGGUACUGGAUGAAAUUGAUGCACUGGUUGCGGAAGGAGAUAAAGGACCCAAAGGUUCGCCAGAUGUGCCGAAAAAGGGAAAGAAACCUGGGGCUGAACCGAAGAAAAGGGCUAUUCCAAAGAAGAAAAACGCUGAUACUUCUAGCGAUGGUCUUAAACAAACUAAAUUAAACUUCAAAUCUAAAGGGCGCAAGAAGAAAAGUACAAGCUCCGAUGAAGAUGAACUAUCCGGUAGCGAUAUUGAAAUGCAAGUUAGUGUUGCUCCACGUGCGGAUCGACCAGGACGUCGUGCAACUGCUAAAAAAAUAAACUAUUCAGGUUUACUUGAUUCGGAUGAAGAUGUACAAAGUAGUGAAGGUGAAAUGGUUUUUAAGGAUAAUAAAGCAGUUCUCGAAGAGUCCACAGUAAUGGCCAAAAUUAGCGAUAGCGAAAACGAUGUCAAUGGCAAUGGAGACAGCGAGGAAGACACUCCUAUCAAAAAGGCUCCUGGUAAGCGCCCACGUAAAAAAAAUAUAAGCGACAGUGAUAGUGAUAAUAAUAAGAAGGGUAAGAGGAAGAAGAAAGUCAGCAGUGACUCCGAUGACUUCGACUUCUAAAUAUGAAAAUUAUUU